AUGGCGGUAUUCUUGGAUUUUGGUUUUCAACUAGCGUUGGAGAUUCUUGAUCUUAGUAAAGUCACCGCCCGGAGGCUGCAGCCUUUGAUUUCUGGAAGGCUACAGACCACAGGCAAGAGCAAGGUGGACGACCUUGCUCUCCUUCCUGAGAUUAUGUUCCUCAAUCAGCAGUCGGCUGCUCGAGGGCUGCAACAGCCGGACGGGUCCGAGUCAAAUGACUCAUCCACGGGUAAAGAAACAGGCAGGCAACCCACAUAUACGACAGUCGGUUCGAUUUACAACCCCAAGACCGUGACGCCAAUCCAGCCGCCUGCUCGCCGUCCCAGAGCGCGCAGAUAUCCGCAGCCAAUUCGAUCCCCAUCCGGUGAAACUUACAUUCCCUUUCCGAACGCCCUGUUGUCGGCCUUGCCGUUCACCGAGCAGACUUCUCCCUCGCCUCCUCCGACCAGGCCAGCGACACUCCUUCAGUAUUCGCCACUGCAGCAAAACUACGAGAGGGCCAUUAAUCCGACAUCAGAGCGCGAAAUGGUGGAUUUCACCGGAAGUGAACUGCCGGCCCCGGCUAUCCGCUCGGGAAACUUGCCGUCUCCCGCGCCAUUCGAGGGCAACGAUGGCACGACGUCCGAGGACAGCCUGACUUCUCGCAUCACAGUCAAGUCGCUCACCAACUUGGCCUCGUACGAGAACCCGAUGCAGAAGGCUGCUCAGAAGGCAUUGGCCAGAGCUCGCACUGCCAACCUCAAUGUCAACCGUGUAAACACCCCCUUCUCAUCUCUAUCGACGUCUACGGAGUACCCCAGAGAUCGCCUUCCCCCGACAUAUGGUGCGACGUUGGCCAUCGUUGGACCGCCUCAGCCCCUGACAGCAGGGCCCCCAGGCCAGCGACGGUUCAGGCCUUCAGUUCUGGAGCCUGUUUGUAAGGCUCGUGAUUCGGAUAGCCAGGUCGCCAACAUGCCACUUGGGGCUGGUGUAUACCGGUCCCAGUCACCACCUGGUCUCCCCCGCAACUUUGGCACCAGCAUUCUCGCCGCGCUCGACGAUGACGACGAGACGACCGAAGGCACAGGCCCCUCGAACCGCUCUCUUCUUGACGAGACUUACCAUGCUCCGGUGUCGCCCAUCCCUCCGGUGCCUGCACGAUUCCGGCCGCUUUACCCACACUACACUCCAGGCGGCCCUGAGUCGUUCAUCGGAUCGAUGAACGAGACCAAGCGUAAAGUCUACGACACCCUUCCGCCUGAGAGAAUUCAGCAGUAUUACCCAAACGGGUUCCCUCACAGCUACGAUGGACAGUACACGCCAAUCGCUGAGGAUUGGUAUACGAGGUUCCCGAUCACAGAGAAUCAGACUGCGCAGAAGCCUUCUUCGGACUCGGAGCACAUUAACAAAACUAAUCAGCGGUUCUAUGCCGGCACCGAAGGACUGUUCAAGCACAUGAGUCAGACUCUGGAUGACCACAACCGUCACUCCCACGACAACAAAGUCGGCGUAAUUGGCGGGGAGCGCCAACGACUUCGCGCGGGGCACAUUGAGAAAUCGGCCGUCGAUGGCAAACUCGUUCCGCCGGCUAUGAGUGUCGAAGAGGCGAAUGAAAUGGAGGAGAGCGACGCUACAGAGCCUCUACUCAACAUGGCCUUUGCAUCGCUCCUGAGUUACAAGGAGGCCAGCCAAAACGGAACCAGCCCCUUCACAAAGGCUGACGACUCGUUGAUUGACCACUCAGAGAAGGGAAAUCAGAGCUUCUUCAGCGAGUCGAAGGAGGAAGAACAGCCAAAAAAGAAGAAGGUCGUCAAGAGGUCGAGGCGGGGAUAUUGAGGAGACUCCUCUAACGGUACUUGGUAUAAAACAGUUCAUUUCGGCAACAUUAGGGUUGGCGCAGGGUUCUAUCAUACCUAUGUCAAGAGCAAACGAGUUAUGAGCUGUUUCACUUUGAGGAAUGCCUUUGUCUCCGAAAGAUUCAGGAGGGAACGGCGGGCAAAAGGUUCCUUUUGGGGGAUCAUGUCGAUGGCAAGCAGGGCAGUUGCUUGGAGAUCACCGUGCCUCAGCUUUUGGUUGGACCAUAUGGAGCCAAUAUACACCCAUCAGGACUUUUGUAAAGUAGUACGCUUGCGGACAGCAGCUUGAUUACCGGGUCUGCACUUAGUCGCUGCGACCUGCCGUUCUCUCGGGAGCACACGUUCUCCAAGAGCGGU